AUGACGGAAACAGCAGUCAUGCCGAAGACUAUCAAACACCCAAUCAGCUUUGUUGCUUUCCAACAGCAAGGUGAAAAUUGCCCCGGAAUUGGACACCUCGACACAGAAUCGCAAAACAUCCAACCCCUCAGCUUCAACUCCGGGAAAGCUGUUGAGAACUUGUAUCAGGUUAUUGUGGCGGGCGAACACACAUACUUAGCUGCUGGUCCAGUCUUACACGUUCAUGAUGUGAAGCUUUUGCCUCCUAUCUCAGGGAGAGAUAUCCUCGCAGUUGGCAAAAACUACAUCGAGCAUGCAAAGGAGUUCAACAACUCGGGCUACGAUAGUUCUGAUAAGGUGGACUUGCCAAGCCAUCCUGUGAUUUUCACGAAGCGUGCCACUUCAAUCAUAGCGAAUGGAGAGGAACUGCAUAUUCACAAGGGAUUCACCGAGAGCGCUGAUUAUGAAGGUGAAAUUGGCGUGAUCAUCAGUAAACCAGGGUACAAGAUCCAAGAAGAUGAGGCUUGGAAUCACGUAUGGGGGUAUACCAUCAUCAACGACGUUACUGCCAGGGAACGGCAAAGAGACCACAAGCAGUUCUACAUCGGCAAAUCCGCAGAUACUUUCUGCCCAAUGCCGGGUGAUGUUAUCGCUACGGGCACCCCUGCUGGUGUUGGCAUUGGCAAAGCCCCUCCGGUCUUCUUAAAACCCGGUGAUGAACUCGCCGUCACUAUCGCCGGCCUCGGUACUCUGAGGAACAGAGUUGCCGACCACUCGCAGAUGAAUCCCACUGAACAGAAGAUCCAGGAGCGAUCGAUGAAUCUGUUUCGCCUCGAUAACAGCGAGAAGUCAAAGCAAGCCCAAUUUGGCCUCAACAGGAGUAUUGGUCGCUUCGGGGCAGGUUACCAGCGACUUGGUGUUGGAAAAGACCCCAUCAUUCUCGUCCAUGGUCUUGGAGGCACCAAAGACUACUGGCUGCCGUUGAUAACUUCUCUGGAACUCGGGAACUCCGCCUCGGUACACGUGUAUGAUUUCGCAGGGCAUGGCCAUACACCGACACACCCUCUGGAGACCAUCACCGUCGAUUCACUUACUCAAGAUCUUUCGGGAGUCUUCAGUCUAGCUGAGGCGGACUCAGGAACAUCCCCUGCAACUCUGAUCGCCCACUCUCACGGGUGCUUGAUCGCCAUCAAUUACGCCCUCGCCCAUCCUGGACAUGUCAAAAGACUGAUCUUGUUCGGGCCACCCCCCUUGCCUCUCCAUUCCUCGAUCAAGGAUCAGUUGGUCAAUUUUGCGGCUCUCGCGAGAACUCAGGGCUUGUCCAAGAUUAUCGAGGAUGUAGUCGCGACCCAAGUGUCAGGUCAUACCAAGAAGACCAACCCCUUGGCAGUGGCUGCUGUACGACUCAGUCUCGCGGGUCAAGACCCAGAGGCCUACGCCAAGGCAUGUUCGGCUUUUGCUUCGGCUGAUGCCCUUGACCUCGGAGAGCUUGAUGCGGAAACCCUGCUGAUUACGGGGCAAGAUGAUCCGGUAUCUUCACCAGCGGUAGUUGAAGACUACGUGCAGAAGAUCAACGGUUCUCGCAAGGUUGUGUUACCAAACGUGGGUCACUGGCAUGUUUUCGAAGACUUUGCCGGUGCAGAUCAGAGUCUGCGAGAGUUUUUGUAA